AGUUCAUUCAUAGUGAUUCUUUGCUGCUACUCUUUGGAAUAACCUUUGAAAAAUGUUGAGGCAGUUGAUGUUGCUCCUCGUAGGAGCUGUUGCAGUGAUGGCACAAAGGAGGUUAGCUCUUCCCGACCCUAGGAGUUGUGCAAAUAGAGUACGUCAUGCAACGUAUAGAGACGCUAGGGGAGUAACUCAUUCAUAUUUCUUCAGUUGGGAACAUGGACCAACACGUGGAUUAGAAGUUGACUGGCUUGAUGCUAGAAAUAUUUGCAGAAGGCAUUGUAUGGAUGCCGUUUCCUUAGAAACUCCUCAAGAAAAUGAAUUUAUUAAACAGAGGAUAGCUAGAGGUAAUGUUCGUUACAUCUGGACUUCUGGUAGAAAAUGCAACUUUGCUGGUUGCGAACGAGCUGAUCUACAGCCACCAAAUAUCAACGGAUGGUUCUGGUCAGGAUCUGGUGCUAAAAUUGGACCUACCACUCAAAGAAAUACUGGAGAUUGGAGUUAUACUGGUGGAUUUGGACAACAACAACCAGACAAUAGAGAAGCGGCACAAGGCAAUGAUGAAUCCUGCUUAUCAAUCUUAAAUAAUUUCUACAAUGAUGGGCUGAAAUGGCAUGAUGUUGCUUGUCACCACGUUAAACCGUUCGUUUGUGAAGACAGUGAAGAACUUCUUAACUUUGUUGCGUCGAGAAACCCCGGAAUUCGUCUUUGAUCUGAAAAUUUUAUAGAUUCUUAAACAAAUAUUUUGUACUUUUUAAAAAUGGCCAAGUCUAUAAAUAUUAAGAGACAAGUGAUGUUAUUCUGAAAUUGUUUAUUUUUGUGCAUCUCAAAUUUUCAAAUAUACUGUUACGAAUACACCACAAAUCACACAAUAAAUUAUUGAUUUCACGUUUACAGCCCAGAUCGGAUAUCAUAAUGCUUUUUUCAAUAUUAAAUUUUUUAAACACAAUAUUUAUUGUUACAUUGGAAACAAAACGUACUUUAAGUGUAAAAUAAUUUUAUUUUUAAUUUACUAUUUAUAACUAAAAAGAUAUUUGAAAAAGAGGUGAUAUUAUUUAUUUAUUUAUAUUAGAACUGUUUUUAAGAAUCAUAACUAUUAGGAGAAUUGUGCUAUUUUAUUGAAGAUAAUGUGUAAUACUUUUUAAUAAAGCAAACCGGAAAUAAAGUAUGAGGUUUUGAGAAUUACACUAUUAAAUCUGAGAUUGUUAAAAAAUUACAUAGUGUAAGAUUUGGCCAAACCCUUUCGAAAAAUAUUUCGUUUUAUUUUCUUCUUUUAUAUAUCCAUGCUAUCAGAUUUUGCUUGUGAAUAUUCGCUUUUUAUAUAUUAGAUUGUAGAUUUAUAUUUACUUUAAAUUUAAUUU